AUGUUGCCUACUUCUUUUCUGCAGCUUGCCCAGUUUCUUCUCCCUCUUUCAAUCUCGGCGAGCGCCGCUCUUGCUAGCGACUCCUCCCACUCCUCCCACUUCCAGGUGUCCACGUAUGGCUCGGGUCUGACAUACUCGGCUGCAAGCGAGUCCGAAGAUGGCGCCACCGUUGUUUCAACUGGAGACAACAACUUUUACACCGUCAACAUCACUCUGGGCGGAGUUGACUUUGUCGUGUUACUCGACACCGGGUCGUCUGAUCUAUGGGUGAACACCACUGGACGCGAUCUCCAACUCACGAACACGACCGAUGUCAAGAUUAACGUUGGCUAUGGAAUUGGCUCUGUCUCGGGUUACGCCGCAUUCGCCGACAUGACGCUCGGAGACUUCAAGAUUCCCAGCCAAAUCUUUAUCAACCCUACGGAAAUCACCGACUUCAACACGUCGGACAAACACGACGGCAUCAUGGGUAUGGCGUUUGAUUCCUCCUCGAUCUACAACACUGUGUCACGUGUAUGGGGAGUUGAGGCUGCAAACGAGCUCGCUACGUCGCCCAUCACCUCCCUUUUCGCCGACAACCCCACAGCGCCGAACAAUUUCGACGUCAAGCUCGCGCGCACCAGCACCCUCGAGGACAAAGCCGACGGCAUAUUCAUCAUCUCUGAACACGACGAAAACUUCCAACACGUCACCCUCGCACCGAAGCUGCCGGCCGUGAACACUGAUCAUUGGAAUAUCGCCAUGGACGCGAUGCUCGUCAACGGCAUCGCCUUCGCGUUUAACCAGUCGCGCAUCGAGGGUGUUCCAGACGGGAAGGUCGCCGCCUCCCUUGACACCGGCUACUCGCAUCCGCCUCUCCCAGGGCCCGCCGUGGACGCCAUCUACUCCACGAUCCCAGGGGCCGUGUUCCUCGGUGAACGGGGCGGAAACUCCUGGAUGGUCCCUUGUGAUGCGGCCACCAAUCUCACCUUCGUCUUCGGCGACCAAGAGUUCCCUGUCCACCCGCUCGACCUUACCUACCCCUAUCUGAUCAACAUGAACGGCAAGAACAUGACGGCUUGUCUCAACGCCUACAAAUACACCUUCCUCGACCCGGAGAACUUCAUAGGUUUCGACUUCGUCCUCGGCGACUCCUUCCUCCGCAACGUCUACGCCUCCUUCGACUACUCCGACUUCUACCCCGGCAACAACACCGUCUCCGCGCCCUUCAUCCAGCUCCUCUCCACCACCAACGCUUCCUCCAUGUGGGACGAGUUCCGAACGGAGCGCGCCGCCGCGCUCGCGAAGCUCCCGCCAGCCGUCGACCCCGCGGAAGCCGUCAAAUACAUCAAUGAAAACUUAUCGCAGUCGAACGGCACCAGCACCACCACCGUCGCCGGCGCCGCCGCGGCCACCAGCGGCUCUUCGAGUCCGAGCGACGGCAGCUGGGGCCAGAAGUACGGCAUGAUCGCGCUCGCGCUCCUCGGCGCGAACCUCCUCAUCGGCCUCGUCCUCCUCGGGGUCACGGUCACGAUGUGCGUCCGCUCCGCGAAGGGCCGCCGGGAGGCGCGGUACCAGCCCGUGCGCUUCAAGGAGGCCGCCGGCGAGCCCGACUACGAGCGCGGCAGCCUCAAGUACAGCGACUGA